CAGUCGGUGAGGAGGAGGGAGGCCGAGGCGAGUUGGCGCCAGCGCGCCUGCGCGCGUACGGUGGCCGGACGGGACCAGAGGUGGUUCUGCCGGUGACAGUCGCGAGCCCCACCCUUUCCCCACGUGGCUGCGAAAACCGGUUUGAGAGUGUCUAUCAGGUGGGUGAUGGCCUCCAAGCGCAUCACCCAGGAGACCUUCGAUGCAGUUGUUCAUGAGAACAUUGAAGAGUUCCAGAUGCAACCAGAGGAGGCAAUAAAAGAGGCCGUGGAACAAUUUGAAUCACAAGGGGUUGAUCUGAGCAACAUUGUAAAGCUGGCACCCAGAGUCUCUGCAGAUGGAUCCCAGGAGCCUAGACACGACAUCCUACAGGUCCUGGAUGACCUGCGGGAGUCCGUGACCCACUCUCGCCCCCAGGAAGUGUCCAUGCACCUUGCCCGCUUUUUUGAACAGUGCAAGCAGCACAAGGCUUGCCGCUUCCUGGCUGCCCAGAAGGGGGCCUACCCCAUCCUUCUGGCUGCCUGGAAGCUUGCUGCAGCAAGUGACCAGAGCCUGCUGCUUCAGGCCCUCAACACCCUGUCAGCCCUGACCGAUGGCCAGCCCGAUCUCCUAGACACCCAGGGCCUACAGCUGCUGGUGGCAACCCUGGCCCAGAAUGCCGACGUAGCUGAUCUGACCUGCUCUGGGAUCCGCUGUGUGUGCCAUGCCUGCCUGAAGCAUGAGCAGAAUCGGCAAAGCCUGGUGAAGGCCGGUGUGCUGCCCCUGCUGACUGGUGCCAUUGCCCGACAUAGGCAUUGCGCCGACGUGGUCAGAGAGGCCUGUUGGGCCCUCCGAGUCAUGACCUUCGAUGAUGACAUCCGUGUGCCCUUUGGCCAUGCCCACGACCAUGCCAAGAUGAUUGUGCAGGAGAAUGGAGGCUUGAAGGUGCUCAUUGAGGCUGCCAAAGCAUUCUCUGACAGCCCCAGUAUCCUGAGUGAGCUCUGCAGCACCCUGUCCCGCCUGGCCGUCCGCAAUGAAUUCUGCCAGGAGGUCGUCGACCUUGGGGGCCUCAGGGUCCUGGUGGCCCUACUGGCCAACUGCAGCGACCACCAGGACCUUGUGAAGCAAGUGUUGAGUGCCCUGCGGGCCAUUGCAGGCAACGACGAUGUGAAGGAUGCCAUCGUCCGUGCUGGCGGGACAGAGUCCAUCGUGGCUGCCAUGACCCAGCACCUGGCUAGCCCCCAGAUAUGCGAGCAGAGCUGUGCAGCCUUGUGUGUCUUGGCCCUGCGAAAGCCAGAGAACAGCCGGGUCAUCAUGGAGGGCGGUGGGGCCCUGGCUGCAUUGCAGGCCAUGAAGGCACACCCUCAAGAAGCUGGAGUGCAGAAACAGGCCUGCAUGCUGAUCCGUAACCUGGUGGCCCGCAGCCAGGCCUUCUCACAGCCCAUCCUGGACCUGGGGGCUGAAGCACUCAUCUUGCAGGCCCGUGCUGCCCACCGUGACUGUGAGGAUGUGGCCAAGGCUGCCCUGCGGGACCUUGGCUUCCAUGUGGAGCUGCGAGAGCUGUGGACUGGCCAGAAGGGCAACCUGGCACCAUAACCCCAGGCUCAGUCUGGGCCGUGGCUUUGGAUGAGUUCUGUGAUUCAGGAACAGGGAGGAGGUCCAUGUCCUGCCACUCUAUUCCCCAGAUUCCUCCCCCACUCAGUGAAAAGUGUUUUCUGAUGGGCACCAGGUAGAGGCUGGGAUGGGAAGGGAGCACUGGUGAAGCAUCUAUAGAGCAUAAAGCAUCCCCAGGGUCUUGGCCUCCCAUCACCUUGUUCUCCUCACCAGCUGACAGCACUGGCAUUAUCUUGCCUGCCUGCCCACCCCUACCACAUGCCCUUUCCUAUCAGAAGGGCCUCCUUAGUGCUGCCUGGAGGUGGAGUGCUGACUGAAAUUUGGGAGCCACACUGGCCAAUUUCACAGCAGGAUGGGGACCCCGCUUUGGCUUACAAGUCUGUUUUCUCCCCUGCUUAUCUCUCACUUGUAAUAUGGGUUGUAGGAGCCUUGCUCUGCUGGACAGAGGGCAGGGACCAAACUCUUCUGCCUCCAGGGGCCCCAGGCCAGCCAGUACUGCCCAGGAAUAAAAGACUCUAUUAGUUGAACAAUG